UUCAGGUAUAGAGUAAACAAGACAAAUUAUUAAAGACUAAACAACACAAACGCAAUGCAAGGUAAACAUAACACAGUGCAAACAACCCAACCUCCAACAGAUAACUAUAUAUACAAAUCAAACGUAGUCGGGCGGGCCAGGUCAGUAGCAAACGGGCAAACAGGGUACCAGGAGCGAGCGGAAGAGUGGUCAGGAAUAGCCGAGGUGAGGACAGGUGGAGUUUCAGAAUCAGGAUCAGGCAGGAAGCAGACAGGAUGCAGGUACAGGGGCUCAUGGGAAACAUACACCAAGGCCCUGACUGCAGGCCUGGCC